AUGCCUGUUUCCGCGCGCCAAAAUACUGCUUGUCUUUGCAGACUCAAAAGUGGUUACGGUGAAAGGAGAAACGGAGUAUCUUUUGUUAUACAUAGAAAUGGAGAUACCUAUAAUCCUGGAAGACGAGUUUUUAUCAGUCAUCGAUUAGCCUUAACAUGGGGCUCUUUUAUGGAACAACUGCGGAAACAUUUAGGACCAUACGUACCGGCUAUUCGCUGUAUCGUAACCCCGAAUUCUGGAACGAAAAUACACGAUAUCAGUGAGUUGCAGGAAAAUCACCGAUAUAUUGCGGUGCCUAGGGGUGAAGUCCUAAAGUUACUAGACUAUUCAAAAGUUGAUGAGAGAAUACGUUAUCCAAAAAAAAGUUUAACAUCAUCAGAGUUGUUCGAAAAGUACUGGCGAAAACGUCAUACUCGAUUACGUGGUCAAGUCGGUAGAAUAUCAGAUGGAUUUCAACGUCAUGUUAAGGUUAUAUAUAUUUACCGUAACGGUGAUACAUUUACACCAGCUAUCCGAGUAAAUUUACGACCUAUUCAAGCAAUGGACUUUGAAUUAAUUAUGCGUGCUAUUGAAGAUUGUGUUGUUCUACCACAAGGUAAAGCUGUUCGGAGGUUCAUGUUUGAUAGUAAUUUAGAAAGGAAAACUUUGACAGCUUAA